AUGACCGGCGCCAAGCCCCUCGUCCUUGCCCUCUCCUCCCCAUCCUCCGGCUACACGGAGGCCGCGGACGCGGCCGCAGUCAUCGCCGAGAGGUUCUUGCCGGACCUCUUAUACGCGGCGGAGAAGGCGAGAGCGAGGAUGCACGAUGUGCCCAGGGAAGACGAGGAGGCAAAACUGAGUCUCAUGGCAAGGGUGGGCAAGGUCCUGUUCCAACGGUGA